CCGUAUCGUUCUCAUUGGUGGGAAAGUGCAGAUUAGUGUAUGUUUAACGGAGUUCGCAAUAUUUGCCGACGGCUGGUGUUUCUGACAGCUGUGUUGUUGGCACUCUUCCAUUGAAUUCUAUAUACUUCUAUGCGAAAUUUUAAAUGAAUUUGUAAGCAAAAGAUUUUCAAUAUGAUGAAUCCAGAACCUACAGCUGGUACUCCCAAAGCUCAGCAGACCACUGAUGACUCUCCUUGGUGGUUAAAGUAUGGAGUGAGAUUCCUGGGCACUGUUAGCGCUUUAGCUGCCCUUGCAUUAGGUGCAAUGGCAUGUAUCACAAUUACACCUCGUUGUUUAUUAGCUGGAAUUUUACAAAUGUUGAAUGGGGUUCUUAUAGCUUUAAUUGAAGCUCCAUGUCUCUGCAUGUUUUUGGAUUUUGCUCAAGUCCCUAGUGCCUAUUUUGAUAGGAAACCUCCAUGGCAUAGAGGAUUGCUGUACAUUGUAAUAUCAGUAUUGCCAAUAUCACUUUGUGCUGGAAUAUCAACAUUUUUUGGGUCUGGUUUGAUCUUCGUAACAGGAUGCUUAUAUGGUAUCAUGGCUUUGGGAAAAAAAUGGCAACAUCUGCAAUGGUGCCGGGCUCAAGCGAUGUGGACAACAGAAUUGCAUAGGGUCGUGUUCUCAGAUGAGUCACGCUUCUGUUUCUGCAAUGGUAGUCUCUAUAUAUAAGUGUGGCAUUGAUGUGGAGACAGGUCCAAUCUGGCAGCAGUUGUGGAAUGGCCCACCACGCAACAACAUCGCAUCUGGUUUGAGGCACAAUUGCAUACCAUUCCAGAUCACCUCUAGUCUAUGACAGCCCAAUGAUAUGUGGAUGAUGUGCGUGACACUCCAUUACCAUCAGGGAACGUCCAACGCCCUUUAUCAGCACGAUAACACUCGACCACAAAGUGCACGCAAUAGAUAAUUUGUUCUGCAGGAUGUACAGGUGCUUCUAUGGCCACCAUUCUUUCAUGAUAUCUCACUAAUUGAACACAUUUGGGUCUGUAGAUGCGUCCAGGAAUGUGAUUGGACACCAUUUGCAGACCCCUGCCAUUGCUGCCUUCAGAAGACAAACUGUGGCAAAUGGUUGACAAGAAAUGGAAAGCCAUCCCUCAGGAUACCAUCCGUAAUCUUAUUUACUCUGUGCCUAGACAUGUUGCUACGUGUUUCGCCGUCCAAGGUGGUCAUCCAACCUACUGAGCUGAUGCUGUUCUCAUUCUGUAU